CAUAUUGAAGCAUAGUAUAUGACUUGUAGUAAUGUCUUUAUUUUUAGAAUUUGGGUCAUUCGACAUUAGAUUAACAAAAAUUGAUGUUUGAUACAAUAAUCUCAACAAGUCACCACCCUUACCUUAGUAUGUGACUUUGUUCGUGUUGGUGGCUCAAGGCGUCUCCUCCAAUCUUACUUCAAUAUUGGCGUUCUUCAUCGAAACCAAAUCUGAGGAGCCAGACCACGGCACGGUGUAGCAGUGUUGAAGAAGAUGGCGAUCAAGAAGUUAGCAAGAAUUUUGAUGAAAUCUCGGGAUGAUGAAGUGUCUCUUCCCACUCGGGAUGAUCCAUCCUUUGAUGAUUAUCGUCCCAUCGACACCCAAGUUCAAGAGGAGAUGGUUCGUUCGUUUGAAAGGGCAAAUGAUCAACAGAGUCUUCUAUGGAGGACUGUGUUUGCGGUAUUUCUUUUUUGCUAUGCGGGUUUUCUUCUAUACUCGAUUCUUCAGCAGAUUUCUUCUCCAUGGGAAUUGUCAUGGACUCGGUACUUGUAAAGGAUGCAUUGAGUUGAUGCUCUUGGCAACUUUUCAUAGCUUUUUUCCCCUUCUGCAGCGUUAUCAUGCUUACUUCAUGGAGGAUGUUGAUUCAUGGAUGAUUAUAGCUGCAGAUUGGGUUGCUAUUUUAGCUUGUACAUUUUCAAUCGUUGGGAUUGUGAGCAAGUCUAGUCACCACCGGCGAUGGCUUUGGUGCUCAUUCUUUAUUGGCAUCCUACUCUCAGUUUUCUGGUUUUAUUUCAUGAUGAGUUUGCCUAGGUUUCGAUGGGAUGUUAUCUGGCUUCCUUUUGGUCCUCUCAGUGGGGCUGGGAUCUGUUUGUAUGUAGAUCAUUUGCUAACCGAAUCGUCUGAGGAAAUACGAAAGCUUAGAGGCUAUAUGUAUUCUUAUAAAGCUAACUGAACACUGAAUGAACCUAUUGUAAAUUUGUAUUUUAUCUUUUGGUCUUACUACUUAGUGUAACGUUAGAAGUCCCAUGAUUAGCA